UCGUCCAUCUUCGAUUCCUCAUGUGAGCCCUUUCUUUUCAACCCAAAACCCAUUUCUUCUCUCUUAACCCCAAUUUUCUCUUCCUAUAGUUAGGAAUUAAUCUUUUUUGUUCUCCUUGUUUAAUUAAUUGAUAAUUUUUGGUGAUGGGCAAUUACAUUUCUUGCACCUUGGCUCCUCCUUUGAUGAAGAACACAAGGGCAGCACGCGUGAUCUUCCCCACGGGCGAAGUGAAGCAAUACAAGGAGCAAGUGAUCAAUGUCGCCGAGCUCAUGAUGGAGUGCCCCACUCACUUCUUAGCCAACUCCAACUCCCUACACAUCGGACGCCGGUUUUCGCCUCUCGGCGCCGACGAGGAGUUGGAGUGUGGCAACGUCUACAUCUUCUUCCCCAUGAGAAGACUCAAUUCCGUUGUCACUGCCGCCGACGUGGCAGUGCUUUUCAUGGCGGCCAAUAUGACCGCGAAACGGAUAACUAACGACAAAGAUUUAAUGUCAUGUGAUCAUUUAGCUGAAGGUGUUGGAACAAAUGAUGAUGUCCCAAGGUUGAGCUUGGAAGGGGUAGAGGUUGAGUCAGGGUUUCGGAAUAGGUUUAGUUAUUGUAGGUCAAGGAAGCCUGCAUUGGAAACCAUCAACGAGGAACCCAUUUGGUUAAGGUGAAGAAAAGUGAAAGAAAAUAGAUAGAGGCGGCCAAAACAUCAAUGUACGUAGGUACGUUAGUGGUAGAUUUUUAUUAAUGAUCAUAUACAAGAAUUGUUAUGUGAUAUUUAAUUGACAGACUUCAGAUUAUAGAGAGUUGUGGUAGAUUCAUAUAUAUUUGUGUAUAUACAACACUUUUGAUCUUUGUAUACAAAGAGUUUGAUCAAGGAGGUGUAUGGUGGCUUUGUACAAAUUAAAUUGAGUUUCAGAAAAAUAUAAAAAUUGUAUAUGGGCGUAUAUUGACUUAAA